UAUGCUGCAUGAAAAAGUAGUCAGAGCGUUCGUGCUUUUGGUUACAGCAGAGAGGUGACCAACCAAACCAACUGCAUGCAGUACCUGAGAAUGUACGAAUGACGUCACAUCAUCAGUACUUGCAGUGAAUAUUGGAACGUAGCCUGUAUAAUGUGUUUGUGAAUAACGUAAUGGAGACGGGGGAGCUGUCAGAAGACACUUCUUUAAGGACACAAUUUACUGUCGAUGAUUUAGAUAUAGAAAUACUGCCGCUCAUCUAUGAGAUCAUUCGCAGUGUUGAAAAAGAUCCGCAUGAUACUACACAAAAAGCUAAAGAGUCACAGGAUACCAGUCAUAAAAUUCUAGAAUUGCAAAAGAAGUUAGAUUCUGCAAGAUCACAGAUUAAAAGAUUACCAGGAAUAGAAUAUAGUAAAGAAGAACAGUUACAAAAACUUGAGACAUUACGUAAGCAAUUAAGACUAAAACGUGAAUUAUUAUUAAAGUAUCGCAAUACAUGUACAUUUGAAAUAUCAAAAGUAUAAAUAUGUGCAUUUGUUUGCGAAUAUAUAGAAGAGCCACUUAAGUUUUCAAGAAUGCGUUUCUUAAGAGCUUUUUUUCAAUACUUAUUA